AUGGCCGACGAACCACGUCGCUCUGGUCGCGCGACCAAAGGCCAGCACAAGAACCUCGAGCUGCCCGACACGCCUGCGAAGAAAGGCAAGGGCAAGAGCCAGAAAGACAAAGGCAGCAAAGCCUCCGCCGAACCUACCCCCGGACCCAGCGAAGGCGAAGAAGAGGAAAUCAUCCGAUGCAUCUGUGGCGAAUACGAAGAGGAGGAAGACGUGGAGCGGGACAUGAUCUGCUGUGACAACUGUCUGGCAUGGCAACACAACGACUGCAUGGGCCUCACAUUCGCCAAGGGCUCCGAACCGGACAAAUACUUCUGCGAGCAAUGCAAACCCGAGAACCACAAGGCGCUGCUGGAGAAGAUCGCCAAGGGCGAGAAGCCCUGGGAACAGGUCGCCGAGCGUCGGCGACAGGAAGCCGAGGAGAAGAAGUCCAAGAAGAAGAAGGGCAAGAAGAGUAGCAGCCGCAAGAGCCAAGGCAAGGCCGACUCUGGAACUCCGGCUCGCGCUGGAACCUCUGCGACACCUGGCCCUGGCCAGUCUCCUCCCCCCGCUGCCUCCGCGUCGGCCGAGCCUGAGAAAAAUGGCCACGAGUCGCGCCGGUCGAGCACGAACAAACGCAAGCUUGAUGAACAGGCAGAGACGGACGGCCCGCAGGUGAAGCAGCAGCGAGUUUCUCCGCACACCACGGCGGCAGCUCCAAAGGUCAAGACAGAACCUUCAACAACAUAUGCCUCUGCCGCAGUUGGAACCGUGGAAGAGCUGGUGAUCCCAGCUCGUAAGAGUGCGGCCACUGCUCUCAUCAAGCUAUUUGUAGAGCAGGUCACUGCGGCACAGAAGAAGGGCUCUUACUCAUUGCCCGGUGGCCAAAACGCAGAGGAUGCUGCACGGCAACUUGGUCUCGCCAUCGAGGAUGCCAUGUACAACCAUUUCUGUGGACGGACAGGCGAGCCUACCGAACCAUAUAAGUUGCAAUUACGAACGAUCCUGUUCAACAUAAAGAAGAAUCCUUCUCUACGGGACCGUUUGCUCGUAGGUAGCCUCUCACCCGACCAUCUUUCUAGGAUGAAGCCGGAGGAGAUGGCCAGUGAGGAGUUGCAGCAAAAGGACGCAGAGAUUAAACGGGAGUCUGAACGACAGCACAUCAUUAUCCAGGAACAGGGCCCCCGAAUCCGACGCACACAUAAAGGCGAGGAAUUGAUUGAAGAUGACGUCCAGAAUGCCGCCACAGAAUCUGUCUUCUCGACUGCGCCUCGCAGGAGCACUGCCGAGGGUGCUGAUGGCAGCCCUGCAAAUCAGAGUCCAACCACCCCGAAGUUGCAGCAACCUAAGGGCCGAGGAGGACGAGGCCGAGGCCACUCACCUACUGGUGAACACCAUGAUCACGUCUUCCCUGAAGUCGCCACCCACAUUCGCGAGCCUGUGCCUCAUGGCAAAAUUCAAGCAGAUGCCGAGAUCGACCAACUGCUGCGCGACGAUGAGCCUGAUUCGCCUCCAUACUCACCGAAAGAUUUCUCCGAUGACGGUGUCGUCUGGCGCGGUAAAGUCGCUAUGAUCCCCGUCUCUGAGUUCAUGUCCUCUGCCAAACAUGUCGGAGGUGCAGACCUCAGUGGCCGGAUUCCGUGGAGUCAACUUGCACCGUCCACAUUGCUGAUUGAUGGCCGAAUCGAUAUUCAGCUUGCGAGCAACUACCUUUGCGGCCUGCGCUUCAGUGCUUCCACCGAUGUGUCUGUGAUUGCCAUCAGCAGUCCCGACAAUCCUACCGAGCGUAUAGGCUUUGACAAGCUUUUCGAAUACUUCUCCGGCCGCAAGCGGUACGGUGUUAUUGGAAAACAUCCUUUGCCAGCCGUCAAGGACACCUACAUUGUCCCCAUCGAAGCCGGCACUACAAACAAGCCCGAGUUCAUUGAGCUUCUGGAAAACAACUCCCUCGAAGGCCCUAUCAACGAGCGCACUCUCCUCAUAGUUUUCGUCGUUAAGACCGGCGACUCGAAUCCUCCUUCCGUCCAACCGCCUUCUCACCAACCCAGCCUGGAACCGGCCGCUUCUGCCAGUCCUCUGACAGCCGUCGGAGCUACCCCUCAACCCCAUCAGUUCUCGACCGCCGGACAAGCACCGGCCGCCCAAGUUGCACCGACUCCUCCGUCCAACUUGAGCAAUCUCUCUACGUUUGGUCAGCAGCCAAGCCAAGUCGCAGGCUAUCAACAGCCCGCCGUGACCGGCAUGGCCGCCGCAGUGCAAGUGCUCGGUGAGCAGGUUAGCGCACCUGCCAUCCAACAACUUCUCAAGACCGCACCCAACGUGGACAUGACGCAGUUGAAUGUUGUCCGUGACAUCCUGACUCGCCAACCUGCCGCUGCAGGCAACUACGACACGCUCAUGCAGGCGCUCUUUGAGAUUCAGGCGAACGGCCAUGCUCCACAGCCGAACGUAUGA